AUGGACUCAUUAGGGCCUGAGUCAAGAAACCUUCAUGCCUUGCUGAGUUCAGAGAUCAAGCAAAUAAUGAAGGAAGCUUCUGCAGUGCCUGUCUUCAAAGGCGGUGUCCUCCAAUAUCAUCUACUGCAAAAGGCGCGCCAGCCAAGUGGCGUCCCAUCAACGCAGAAGGAAAAACUAAGAAAAUAUUUUCCAAUGACAGUACUAGGGAGAAUUUCAGAACCAGCUAUGAUUGUUGAUAAUCAUGGCAAGAUAUUGGUCUGGUACCUCCCCAAUAUUUUAUCUGGUAGCCGAGUGGAUUUGAUGAACACUGCUACCAUGGAUCUUCGAGGUUAUCUACUGAAAUCCAUACCAGUUGGUAAAUCAGACAAGAAACCCUCUUGGCGUUCAGAAGGCUUUCGUGUGCCAGAGGGAGGGGGGACAUUUGGAGCAGGACGGCUCACUGUCUCACCUGCUUAUUUCAUGCAAAGACGGGAGAGGCUUCAAGAUCCCUUAGUAACAUCGGCGUCCUAUUCCUCCAACUCAGUUCAACAAUGGCUAAAGGUCAUCUCUGGCACAGAAUUGUUCUUUAAUGCCAUAACAGCUUUCAUUGCUCCUGAACUGUUUGAGGCAGGCUUAGCUGCAGCCUCGAAGGUAUCGAGUGCCACUUUGCAGUCUAAAAAAACUGCACCAACAUCUCAAUGGCCCUCUGUUUUUUCGGGAUUAGAGCUUAUUGUUAACCGGGUUACUUUGGGUCACCGUGAUGCUGGUGGGGCAUCGUCUCAUUAUGACCUCCUAGCCAGUUUUGGCAUUGGGCACAACACAACAUUUCGAAUCGAAGAUCUAGAAGCAGAACUCGAUUAUUUCCCUGGAACAUUAGUUUUGGAGCACUCUGUCGGUCCCUGGCAAAUUGGAGAAAGAUUUGUCCUUGCACAUUUUAUGAAGGAUAAGGUUCAUGAUCGAGUAGGGGUGUCUAAGCCAGCAUUUCCAGUUCAGAUGGACUUUUUACAACUAUUGGGAAGUCAUGAUACAGAUCAUAGACCUAGGAAACGUGUCAGGAGGGAGAUAUAG